CAGAAAUUCAACACAUCACUCGAGCUUUCUUUAAGAAGUUUAAUGACCAAUUCUGUGCUGAUCUUCAAUUAGCCGCAAAUAAUAUUUGAAUUAUAAAAAAUGUUAAAAUUGUGCCUAUUCGCGAUUCUAGCCCUCACCGGCAUUGCAAUUUCCAAUUGCAAAUCCAUUCAUAGCUAUCAAACAUUUCCGCCCGUAAACAAAACGAAUGAAUGUGAUAACGUGUGUCAAACACCUGGCUGCAUCCACGAAGCCUCACGUAUUCUCGGCCAGAUGGAUGAAUCGGUAGAUCCGUGCAAUGAUUUCUACAGUUUUGCAUGCGGAAAAUUUGUGAAAGAGACAAUCAUUCCGGAUGAAAAAGCGGGAGUUACCCCAUUUUCGAUAGUUGGGGAUAAACUCCAAGAGCAGCUACGUUCAUUGCUUCGCGAGAAAAUCAAUCCAAAUGAUUCACCACCAUUUAAUUUGGCGAAAAAAUUGUAUAAAGCAUGCAUGAACAAAACACAGAUUGAAGCAAUUGGAUUGAAACCAUUACGCGAUAUCACCGAUAGACUUGGUGGAUGGCCAGUUGUCAAGGGUUACGAUUGGAACACAAAAUCCGACUGGAGUUGGACAUGGGCCGUUAAGGAAUUCCGUAAAUAUGGCUUCAGCAUGGAUUAUAUUUUUGAUUUAUCCAUUGGCACCGAUUUUAAAAAUUCAACAGUACGAGUACUUGCAAUCGAUCAAGCUGCAUUGGGUUUAAGUCGUGAAUAUUUGACUAAAGGAUUUGAUGAUAAAAUCGUUAAGGCGUACUAUGAAUAUAUGGUGGAUAUGGCGGUUAUUUAUGGUGCCGAUCGCAGGCACGCUGAACGAGAGCUUAAGGAAUCACUUCAGUUUGAAAUGAAAUUGGCCAAUAUUUCAUCGUCAAGUGAAGAACGAAGAAACUACACAGCACUGUACAAUCCAUACACGCUGCGAGACGUACAAAAGAUGUAUCCAUACAUUCAAUGGGUUGCGUACAUAAAUGCGUUGAUGAUGUCAAUCCAAUCUGUCAACGAGAAUGAAGUUAUCGUAGUUAGUGUACCGUCUUACUUCAAAAAAUUGGGUCAAUUAUUGCAAGACACUCCCAAGCGUACCAUCGCUAACUAUAUGAUGUGGCGCAUUACAUCUUAUUCAUCGUUCUUCCUCACUAGUGAAUUGCGCAACAGGCAAUUGAUUUACAGAACGGCCGUAAACGGUAUACAAGAACAAGGAGCGAGAUGGAAGGAAUGUACUGAUCUCACUAAGGAAAGUUUGCCAAUGGCUGUUGGUGCAUUGUAUGUUCGAAAGCACUUCCAACAAGACUCAAAAGCCGCUGCUAUGGAUAUGGUGAAUCGAAUCCGCAAUGAAAUGGAGCUUAUUUUAAACGAUGCCAAAUGGAUGGAUGACGAAACACGCCAAUCGGCUCUCAAUAAAUUGAAAGCAAUGUCGACAUACGUCGGAUAUCCCGAUGAAAUGAUGAACGAUUCUAAAAUUGAAGAAUACCACAAAAACGUAGAAAUCGACGAAAAUAACUAUCUGUUGUCCUAUUUGAAUUUGAGUGUGUUUGGUACUGAUCUUGGUUUUAAGGAAUUUCGUAAGCCAUACAUCAAAACCGAUUGGACCAUGCAUUCGGAUCCAGCUAUAGUCAACGCUUUUUACUCUUCCAUCUCAAAUAGCAUAGAAUUUCCGGCAGGAGUUCUACAGGGCAAUUUCUUCUCGUCCAACCGUCCAACAUAUUUGAACUAUGGAGGAAUUGGUAUGAUCAUUGGGCAUGAAAUAACACAUGGCUUUGACGAUCAGGGGAGUCAAUUUGAUCUAAAUGGUAAUUUGGUUGAUUGGUGGAAACCUGAAACGAAGGUUCAUUAUUUGGAAAAGGCAAAGUGCAUAAUUGAACAAUACGGAAACUAUACAGAGCCGUUGACCGGACUUAAGUUGAAUGGCAUCAACACACAAGGAGAGAAUAUUGCCGAUAAUGGAGGUAUCAAAGAAACUUAUCUCGCUUAUCGAAAAUGGCAAAAAGAAAAUGACCGAGAACAAAGAUUGCCCGGCUUGAAUUACACCGCACAACAAAUGUUUUGGCUCUCAGCAGCACAGACGUGGUGCAAUUCAUAUAGACCAGAAUCGAUCAAAUCACUGAUUAUACCAGACGUGCAUAGUCCAGGGCAAUUUCGUGUACUUGGACCAUUGAGAAAUCGCCAAGAAUUUGCCGAUGAUUUCAAUUGCCCAAUGGGAAGUCCGAUGAAUCCGGCCAAAAAAUGUGAAGUUUGGUAGUCAUAUAAUUCUAAAAAUUUGAAUUUAUCACAAGCUCCUUAUCAGUUGGCUGAGUUUUCAUCUGAGAAAUAAGACAAUCCGUUUGAGUCUUGGAUCUUUAUGAUUUCAAGUAAUUUAUUAGUUUAGUUUUACGGUUAUAAGUAAGCAAAAAUGUAAAUAAAGCAAAGCAGCACAUUAGGCAGUUUUCAUGUGA